CUAACAACCUGACAUUCCCAAUCCGAAAUUAGUAAUUACCCAACCCGACUGCCAGGUUUACAGACAACCCAAGAUCAGGUUUUCGCCGGGAGCGAAGAAUCUGCAGAAUUGAACGUGAGUUCGGCUGCGAGUGCGAGAAACCUGUUCUGAAUCGAGAGAGAAGACCGGUUCGUUAUAGUUCGGUCUUCGACUGGAGAAGAUAUUGGAUUGGGAUUUGGGAGCACUGGUAUCAUCUUCAUCACUCUUUGAAUCUCUCCGUUAUUCUGCAAUUUCGUGUCUGAUUGUGCGUCACAGUAGCAUAAGUUAGCUUUUCGGCUCUUCAAUUGAGUGCUAAUUGAUCAGGGGAAAGGGAAGAAAUGGAGGACAAGGAGAAGGAAGACAUGAAGGCAAUGAGCGAGGAGAGAUGGCAAGGAGCUAUAGUGAAUUUGACGGAGAUGACAUCUAAUUUGGAGUCUCUCCAGAAGUUACUCCUUAAGAAGGCCGUGUUCGUUGAUGAAGAUACAUACGCCAAAGCCUCACUCACCUCGGAACAAGCCCGCACGAUUAAGGUUCUUGAACAAAGGGUAGAGACUUUGGAGAGAGAACUUGAUGCAGCCAUCUCAGCUGCAGCUCGUGCACGUGCAGAGAAGCGACAAGCUGAGGUCGGACAGAAAGCUGCUGAAUUACGUGCACAAGAAGUCACUAAGGAACUUGAAAACACUACAAAGGUAUUUCAACUACACAUGGAGGAGUUGCGAGCAAAGCAAGAGGAGAUUGCGAAGCGUGAUAAUGACAUUAAACUUUUGGAAGCCAUAAUCCAGACUCUUGGUGGAAGAGAAUCUCAUUCUUCAAGUGGAUAGCUGGUAAAAGCUUUCCUGUCUUUUCACUAAAACAGUAAAACCACAUCUCCCGUUUUCACUUGCUCUUUUGUAAAAAGCAUGGUCACAAGCCCACUGGUUUUUAAUGCGUUAAUUUUGAGUGGUCCUAGUUACACAUCUGGACACAGAUUCUCACAUACUCCCACAAAUAUAGACCUAAAAACCUAUAUAAUUCCUGACUGCGUUUAUGGCGUUAGCUCGAGGAUGGUGAAGGAGUCUCAAUAGGUCGAGAUCUUGGCGCUUUGGUUAUAACAUAAUUUUCAUACAUCUUUACCCUUUCAUUUGGAAUGUUUGUUUGCGAUUCCAUGGGGUUAUCUUGUACUCUUGCCACAUUUUAUGCCAAGUAGUGUUAGUUGAUUAUAUGUCAAGGCGGAUCAACGGAGGCAUGAUUGGGAGCAAUCAUGGACGGAGGUCCACAAAGAAGAGCAGUCAAAACUCACAAUACAUGACCAAAAAUUGAAAAAAAAAAAACGCAACAGUGUAUAUGGAUAAACACGAGAUUUAAAUGGCUAAUCAUGUGGUGUCGUGUUUUCUCCAGUAAGUCAAAUAACAGCAUUUUGAAUGCACGAGCAGCAAAAUCAGACAACAGUGAAUUUUGCACUUCUGGUAGCGUUUUCUGGCAUGGGUCUGUUUUCAUGUAAAGUGCCCCAUUUGGCAAAGUCAAAUCAUUUUUUAGGAGAGAGGGAAACGGAGUCACUGCAAAACCUACUGAGAGUUUGAUUUAGAGGAGCCAAAGGCAGGAAAAUAAAUUAAGAAGGCCUCAACAUCUUCCAUUGAGCUGGGGGAGUAGUUUGCAAUUCUUGGAGAAAAUGUACAACACCCCAAGUUUGGGUUUGGAUUCGAUUAAGGAUCGACCGAAAAGAUUGAAGACGGCUGGAGGCAACAGGACCAGAACAAGCUAGAACACGGUUGGGAACACGACCGUGUUCCAUCAAACGCUCGUUUUGAGCUAAUGAUAAAUUGAACGGAUCGUUAUGGAGGAAUUUAGGAAUGAAGCGUAACACGGCCUCUAACAUGACCGUGUUGCGUGGCUGUGUCACUCGGGCAGUUCCAGCGGCGGGGAACUUCAAAGGACGUAUGGAACGAGUACGGCGAUUGGGGAUAGCACGUGUUCGAACAUGAUCGCGUCCCAUGCCCGUGUUCUGUUUGAUAAAAAAGACUUUCAGUUUCUGCCUGUUGUAAUUCACGUUUCAAUUUCCCAAAACCCACCCCAAACGCUCUGAAUGAACAAAAGACGAAGGAGAGGAAGGAAAGGAGCAAGGAGGAAGGAAAGAAAGGAGGAAGUAACCGGCGGUUAGUUCCCCCGUUUUGCAAGCCCGUUAAAAUACUUCCAAUCUCGCUGUCCUCCUCGACCAUUUGAACGUUCAAGUGUCUUAGGAAGGUACGAAUAUUAACCUUGGUCGUUCUAUGUCCAUGUGGUCGAUUGGAUUACCCACGGAUCAUUAAUUCAUGAAGAGUAGAUCGGCGGUAAAGGUUUUGGGGAGUUGAUUGAGUCUAUUCAAAGGAAUCCACGUUCAAAUCGAACCUUUAGAAUUUAGGCACGCUAUGGAGAUAAGGAGACGCGAUUUCCCUUUGAAUUAGAUUGAGUUUUGUAUGAGUUUUCGUGUGAUUGCAAAUAUGGGGAAUUAACGACGGUUUUAUAAGGUUUUGGUAACGGAAACUAGGUGGUCACUAAAGAUGCAGAAAUUUUUAGAAGAGUAUUUUAUGUAAUUUUAUUUAUUGGAAACCUAUGUAGAUUUGUAAUUUAUAGUUUAGUAAUUUUUAAAAUUGGAAUAAGGCCCGUAGAGACUU